AUGCCGACCGCUGGACUUCGGCCCGACUUUCCAUUUACAAGUAGACUACAUCAGUCUUUGAUAUACACACCAGUGCCCUACAAUCCGGUAGGCUGUGUCAGCCACAAGACCGAGUACAAGCCUACUAAGAAGCAACUCAAAUGUAAUUUUGCCGAGUGCGGGAAAUAUUACUCAUCAGAAGACACACGUCGUCGACACUACAGGAAUCAUCAUGCGCUUCAAUGGAGUGCAGUGCGACGAUGCAAGGAGAACACGUUGGUAAAGAAGGAACAAGUGCGAAAAAAACUGCAGCUUGAUCGUGCUAUGAGUGUUCCGAACAUCUCAAAUCCAUGCGUCAGAUUACUACCUCACAAAGGCCCACAAUUUUAUAGGCAGCAAUCCAUGCCCUAUUUGACAACGAUUUAUCCGGCCACCAGUAUCCCGCUGAACUCACCGGGGUCAAUCAACUCUUUGCCAGGUGCUACAACUUUCCAUCCUUCGAUAUCUGCGCAACAUUCGCAAUCGAGUAACACUUUCAUGUCUAAUGAGCCGUCCGCAGCAAUGAUGGCACUAGAAACACAACGAGAGACUAUGGCUCGAAACACUGUGCAAGCCAACCAAGUUUUGGGCAAUCUUCCGCCAUUUUCGAGUGUGCCUGGCAUGUCACCAGAACCCGAUCGUCUUCUCCUGGAAUUGCAGCGAUUAGUCGACAGCUACGGACAAUAAAUCUAAAAU